UUCAUCAAAAUCAAAAUUACGAACCGACUCCAAUUAUAGCUUGUGGACCGCCAUUUUUGCGGCUGAAGGGCAAGCUUGAUCUUUUGGCGCCCAUUGUUUUCUAUCUUGUUGCUAGAACAAGUAGCUUAGCUUCGCUUUUGCUUGUGCCCCUGCCUCUUUCUCUUUGCUUAGAGCCAAAAUCCAAAACCCUAAAGCUCAAAACUCUAAAACCCUGCAAGUUUUCUCGGAAAAUUUAUCAUCCAUUUUUUAUUAUUAUUUUUUUCGUUCUUCAUUUGUAAAAGCCCUAGCUUCGCUUAACAAUGACGAAGGUGUACGGAACGGGAGUGUUCGAUUUCAAGCGCCACCGAGUCGCUGAGUACCCGGUCGAGGUAUCCCACCAAGUCGCCGAUAAACCGGUUGAAUCCAAACCCGGUUCGACUGUGCCGAGCUCAAUUACUCUUUCGGAGAUUCAGCGAGACCGGCUCACGAAGAUUGCAACGGCUAAUUGGGCGAAAGCCGGUGACUCAGUGACGCCCAAGAAGCCAUUCGACCCGGAAUUGGUGAAGGAGAUUUAUGAAACGGAGUUGUUGAUCAAGGAGGGUCAGAGAAAACCCGUUCCUUUGCAGAGGGUUAUGAUUCUGGAGGUCAGUCAGUAUUUGGAGAAUUAUCUAUGGCCGAAUUUUGAUCCUCAGACGGCAACGUUCGAGCAUGUUAUGUCGAUGAUACUGAUGAUUAAUGAAAAGUUUCGAGAGAAUGUGGCAGCUUGGGUUUGCUUUUAUGACAGAAAAGAUGUGUUCAAAGGAUUCCUUGAGAGGGUUCUUCGACUUAAAGAGGGAAGAGAAUUAAGUAUUGCAGAAAAGACAAACUAUCUAGUCUUCAUGAUUAAUGCCUUCCAGAGCUUGGAAGAUGAGCUAGUAAGUGAGACUAUUCUUAGAUUGGCAAGUUUACAAUCCUGGCAUAGUUUGUCUUACGGUCGUUUUCAGAUGGAGCUUUGUUUUAAUACAGAUUUGAUCAAGAAAUGGAAGAGGAUGAUAAAAAGGGAGGCUAAGGAGGCUAUGAAACGAGGCGAGCAUUUUGAUCCUACAUCUACACUUGAAGUGAAGUUUCUGAGAAAUCUCAUUGAUGAGUUUCUGGAGAUACUCAAUUCCAAGGUUUUCCCUACUGAACAGUAUAUCAAUGGAGAUGAUGAACCUCUUGAUGUCAAUAGAUUGGAACAAGCUGAUGAUGCUUGUGUCUUGUACUGUGAGAGGUUUAUGGAAUUUCUUAUUGACCUUCUAAGCCAACUGCCAACAAGGAGGUAUUUGAGGCCUCUUGUUGCUGAUGUAGCGGUUGUGUCCAAAUGCCACUUAAGUGCUCUUUAUAAACAUGAAAAGGGCAAACUUUUUGCUCAACUGGUUGAUUUGCUGCAGUUUUAUGAAGGAUUUGAGAUUAAUGAUCAUGGUGGGACACAAUUGACUGAUGAUGAGGUGCUCCAAUCUCAUUAUGAUCGCUUCCAGUCUUUCCAGCUGCUUGCUUUUAAAAAGGUUCCCAAGUUAAGAGAGCUUGCAAUGGCAAACAUUGGUGCAAUUCACAAGCGUAAUGAUCUCUCUAAGAAGCUGUCUGUACUUUCUCCUCAAGAGUUGAAAGAUUUGGUUUGUCAUAAGCUCAAACUUAUCUCAACAGAUGAUCCUUGGUCAGACAGAGUCGAUUUUCUCAUUGAAGUGAUGAUUUCCUUUUUUGAGAAACGACAGUCUCAAAAAGAAGCCAUAAAUGCUCUUCCUCUUUAUCCAAAUGAGCAGAUUAUGUGGGAUGAAAGUCUGGUGCCAAGCAUUAAUUACUCUGGAGAAGGUUGUCUAGCUCUUCCAAAACUUAAUUUACAAUUUUUAACACUCCAUGAUUAUCUUUUGAGAAAUUUCAAUCUCUUUCGUCUUGAGUCAACAUAUGAAAUUCGUGAGGAUAUUCAAGAAGCUGUACCACAUCUUCUUGCCUACAUUAAUAAUGAGGGAAACACUGCAUUUCGUGGCUGGUCAAGAAUGGCUGUGCCAAUUAAAGAAUUUAAGAUCACUGAGGUAAAACAGCCAAACAUUGGAGAAGUUAAGCCAGCUUCUGUGACAGCAGAGGUCACUUUUAGCAUUUCCAGUUAUAAAGCACAGAUAAGGUCAGAAUGGAAUGCUCUUAAAGAGCAUGAUGUCCUAUUUUUACUUUCUAUUCAGCCUACAUUUGAGCCGCUUAGUGUGGAAGAAGCUGCCAAGGCUAGUGUGCCACAAAGGCUUGGUCUGCAGUGUGUAAGGGGAUGUGAAAUUAUUGAGGUUCGCGAUGAGGAGGGAACUCUAAUGAAUGAUUUCACUGGGAGAAUCAAAAGGGAUGAGUGGAAGCCUCCAAAAGGAGAACUGAGAACUGUGACUGUUGCUUUAGAUACAGCACAAUACCAAAUGGACGUCAGCAAUAUUGCAGAGAGAGGUAUAGGUGAUGUAUAUGGUACAUUCAAUAUAUUGAUGAGGAGGAAACCCAAGGAAAACAAUUUCAAAGCAAUUUUAGAAUCCAUAAGAGAUCUUAUGAAUGAGUAUUGUAUUGUUCCUGAUUGGUUGCACAACAUAUUCUUGGGCUACGGAAAUCCUUCUGCAGCACAGUGGACUAAUAUGCCUGAUCUCCUGGAAACCGUAGAUUUCAAAGAUACUUUUCUUGAUGCAGACCACCUGAAGGAGUGUUUUACAGAUUAUCAGGUUUGUUUUACAAAUUCGGCUGGUACUGAAAACUUGGAUCCGAGGCCUCCGUUCAGAAUCAGGCUUCCGAAGAGGCUGAAAAGCAGUACUCAUGCCCUUCCAGGGAAUAAGAUGUCGACUACUGAAAUUGAUGUCUCUGCGACAGAUGCUGAUGGUGAGAAAGAACAACUUAUUGUUGAGGCAUAUACUCCUCCUGACCCGGGUCCUUAUCCCCAAGAUCAGCCAAGACAAAACUCAGUUAGAUUUACUCCUAUACAGGUUGGAGCAAUCAUCUCGGGUAUCCAGCCAGGUCUGACAAUGGUUGUAGGUCCUCCUGGUACAGGAAAGACUGAUACCGCUGUGCAAAUCCUGAAUGUUCUUUAUCAUAAUUGUCCUUCUCAGAGAACUUUGAUAAUCACUCAUUCAAACCAGGCCCUGAAUGACCUUUUUGAGAAGAUAAUGCAGAGAGAUGUUCCUGCACGCUAUCUUCUUCGACUUGGUCAAGGUGAGCAAGAGCUAGCGACUGAUCUUGACUUCAGCCGGCAAGGCCGUGUGAAUGCUAUGCUUGUAAGGCGGUUAGAAUUACUUAGUGAAGUUGAGAGGCUGGCAAGAUCUCUCCAACUGCCUGAGGAUGUAGGUUAUACCUGUGAAACUGCUGGGUACUUUUGGUUGCUUCAUGUAUACUCCCGCUGGGAACAAUUCCAGGCUGCAUGUGCAGAGAAUAAAGAUAAACCAUCAUUUGUUAAAGACCGCUUCCCUUUCAAGGAGUUUUUCUCCAAUUCACCACAUCCAGUCUUUACAGGUGAGUCAUUUGAGAAAGACAUGCGGGCAGCUCAAGGGUGCUUUCGUCAUCUCAAGACAAUGUUUCGAGAGCUUGAAGAGUGUAGGGCAUUUGAAUUACUCAAGUCAACAGCUGAUCGAGCAAAUUAUCUCAUGACGAAGCAGGCAAAGAUUGUUGCCAUGACUUGCACUCAUGCAGCUUUAAAGAGAAAGGAUUUUCUUCAGUUAGGUUUCAAGUAUGACAAUUUGUUGAUGGAAGAAAGUGCUCAGAUUUUGGAGAUUGAAACUUUCAUCCCAAUGUUGCUUCAGAGACAGGAAGAUGGUUAUGCUAGGCUUAAGCGCUGCAUUCUUAUUGGUGAUCAUCACCAGUUGCCUCCUGUUGUUAAGAAUAUGGCUUUCCAAAAGUAUAGCCACAUGGAUCAGAGUCUCUUUACAAGGUUUGUUCGUUUGGGCAUUCCUUAUAUUGAACUUAAUGCCCAAGGUAGAGCCAGGCCAAGUAUAGCCAGACUUUACAACUGGAGAUACAGAGAUCUGGGGGACCUCCCUUAUGUAAAAGAGGCUGCCAUAUUCCAUAGAGCAAAUGCAGGGUUUUCAUAUGAAUACCAAUUGGUAGAUGUUCCAGAUUACCAUGGGAGAGGUGAGAAUGCCCCUUCACCUUGGUUCUACCAAAAUGAGGGAGAAGCUGAGUAUGUUGUCAGUGUCUACAUUUACAUGCGUCUGCUAGGGUAUCCUGCAAAUAAGAUAUCGAUCUUGACGACGUACAAUGGGCAGAAGCUUUUGAUCCGUGAUGUGAUUAACAGACGAUGUGUUCCAUAUGACUUCAUUGGUCCCCCAAGCAAGGUUACAACAGUUGAUAAAUUUCAAGGUCAGCAGAAUGACUUUAUAUUGCUGUCACUUGUGCGUACUCGGUUUGUGGGUCACCUUCGUGACGUAAGAAGAUUGGUUGUUGCCAUGUCUCGUGCUCGGCUGGGUCUCUAUGUGUUUUGUCGCCGUUCUUUGUUUGAACAAUGCUAUGAACUACAACCUACAUUCCAACUUCUGCUUGAAAGACCUGACCGCCUUGGUGUCACCUUAAAUGAGGUUUCAUCAUAUACAGAGCGUCAUGUUGAAGACACUGGUCCAAUGCAUCUAGUUAGUGGUGUUGAAGAGAUGAUCAGUAUCUACCAGCAGCUUUAUCAGGCACGUUUUGCUCAGUACAUGCCUUAUUCAGGACAAGCUGCUCCACCGAUGGGCGCAUUUGAGGAGCAGAGCAAUGAGCGAAAUACAACAUCUGGGCACGAAGCAGCCGAAGGUAACAUCGGACCUGAUGGUGACGUACCUGCCACCAAUGCAGCAGAGAAGCCACAUGAAACCGUUUCAGAUGAAGACACAAAAAUGGACGAUCUUGCAAAUGGUCAAAAUGGGGAUAUAACGUCACAGACCCGCUCAAAUGGAGAGUUAUGAAAAUUUCGUGCUACCUAAAAGUAACUCAUAGCUUUCAUUCAUUAUAUAAUAAUAACUGAGAAACCUGUGUUACAGAUUGAUAUGAUAAUGUAACAGCAAAAUUUUGCGUGUAA